AUGCGCACGCCGUGGGCGGGCCCCGGGCCGGAAUUGGGGGUGAAGCCACAGCGUCUUGCCCACAUUCGGGGCGCGCGGAGCUGGGGGUCCCCGGGGGGCGCCCGCAGUUAAGAUGGCGUCCGCAGCGGAGGGGGACGUGGGGACGGUGGUGGAGCCGAUGAGGGAGCUGCGGUCGGGUUUCGAGGAGCUGAGCCUUAACAAGUUGGCGACGUCCCUGGGCGCGUCAGAACAGGCGCUGCGGCUCAUCAUCUCCAUCUUUCUGGGUUACCCCCUCGCUCUGUGUUACCGGCAUUACCUUUUCCACAAGGACACCUACCUCAUCCAUCUCUUCCAUGCCUUCACCGGCCUCUCCAUCGCUUAUUUUAACUUCGGAUACCAGUUCUACCACUCCCUGCUAUGUAUUGUGCUUCAGUUCCUCAUCCUGCGCCUCAUGGGCCGCACCAUCACUGCCGUCCUCACCACCUUUUGCGUCCAGAUGGCCUACCUUCUCGCUGGGUAUUAUUACACAGCCACCGGCAACUACGACAUCAAGUGGACAAUGCCACACUGCGUUCUGACCUUGAAGCUGAUUGGUCUGGCUAUUGACUACUUUGACGGAGGGAAGUCGCAGAACUCCUUGUCCUCUGAGCAACAGAAAUAUGCCAUACGGGGUGUCCCUUCCCUGCUGGAAGUUGCUGGUUUCUCCUACUUCUAUGGGGCCUUCUUGGUAGGGCCCCAGUUCUCAAUGAACCACUACAUGAAGCUGGUGCAGGGACAGCUGACUGACAUACCAGGGAAGAUACCAAACAGCACCAUACCUGCUCUCAAGCGCCUGAGUCUGGGCCUUGUCUACCUGGUGGGCUACACUCUGCUCAGCCCCCACAUCACAGAAGACUAUCUCCUCACUGAAGACUAUGAAAACCACCCUUUCUGGUUCCGCUGCAUGUACAUGCUGGUCUGGGGCAAGUUCGUGCUGUACAAAUACGUCACCUGUUGGCUGGUCACGGAAGGAGUAUGCAUUUUGUCGGGACUGGGCUUCAAUGGCAUAGAAGACGGCAAGGCCAGGUGGGACGCCUGUGCUAACAUGAAGGUGUGGCUCUUCGAAACGACCCCACGCUUCACUGGCACCAUUGCCUCUUUCAACAUCAACACCAACGCCUGGGUGUCCCGUUACUUCUAUAAACGACUCAAGUUCCUUGGAAACAAACAAGUCUCCCAGGGACUCUCCUUGCUAUUCCUGGCCCUUUGGCAUGGCCUACACUCAGGAUACCUGGUCUGCUUCCAGAUGGAAUUCCUCAUUGUUAUUGUGGAAAGACAGGCGGAGAGCCUGAUUAGGGACAGCCCAGCCCUGAGCCACCUGGCCUCCAUCACGCUCCUCCGGCCCUUCUUCUACCUGGUGCAGCAGACCAUCCACUGGCUCUUCAUGGGCUACUCAAUGACGGCCUUCUGCCUCUUCACAUGGGACAAGUGGCUGAAGGUGUACAAAUCCGUCUAUUUUCUCGGCCACGUCUUUUUCCUGAGCCUGCUCUUCAUACUGUCUUAUGUUAACACAGUAAUGGUGCCAAGGAAAGAGAAACUGAAGAAAAUGGAAUAACCUAUUUGCCUGGUGGCCUAGAGCAGGACUGGUGCAGAAACUACUUGUCUCCCUCUCCACAGCACUCCCGCGCCCCCCAGCAGAGACAACAGAAAAGCCAGGGAGCUGGAAGACGCAGUCCUCCCAGCUGUGCCUCUGCCGCCAGCCAAGUCUUCAUCUGGGGCCAAAGGGGAAACUCUUGUGGGAGGAGCAGAGGGGCCCAUGUCCCCCCUCUCGCUCUCCCAUGCACGUUGCCUUAUCUCUUCCCCUCCAGCCAGGAAUCUGUUGUUUCCCUUCUGCCAAUUUACUAUGAUUGUAUAAGUGCCGCGACCGCCACCCCCCCUAUGGGGGGGAGGGGAGGGGCACAAGGCCCUGCCUGCUCCACUUUUUCUACCUUGAACUGUACCAGAUAAAAUCACUUCUGUUCGGUUUUUCA